GCCUUUUAUGUUUACAAAAAGGUACAAAUUUCGUGAACAUUUAUAAGGUGCAUUAGCGGGCAAAUUGAAAUCUCUCUUGAAUUUUGAAAUCACCGAUUUCAUGCCGAACGUUUUGUGCUGUGCGUGUAAAACAAAGCUGUACCGCAAUUUUGCUGCAGGAAACGUGGCCAGGAAUUUCAAUUUACCAGAUUAUUCACUCUUUCGCAAUGGAAUCAACACGAAAUCAAAAAGUGUGAAAAAUAAAUGUUUGUGCUAUAUGUGUGAAUUGGUCAGAAAGCGCUGUUUGAAAUAUGUUGACAAAUCAGAAACAGCCCGCAAUGCGCCACAAGAAACUGGUAAGAAAAAAACGUCGAGUGAAAAGAGAUGUGUGAAAUGUUUGACACUGAUUGGCAGAGCCUCUAGCUACCCAUGUACUUGGUGCUAUGCCCAGAAGGAUCACUUAGAUAAACCUGGUUUGGACCGAACUAUCGGAAAUUCAUUGCAACAUUAUCAAGAAUGGUUUGAAGCAGGCACUGUUCGAAAAGAUGCGAAAAAAUUCAAAAGUUGUAUUUAUCCUCCAAUUUUCCACGGAUCUAAAGACAGUAAAAUAUUGUACCUCGUCCCUCCACCAGAACUUCAUCUACUUUUAGGUGGAGUUAAUACAAUCGUCAACCAUAUGUUUGGGGACUUUGAGAAAGAUGCUGCCAAUUGGAUAAAAAAAUGUAAUGUCCAGAGGGAAGUAAGGCAGGGUGGUGCAGCAUUCACAGGAAACUCCUGUAAAAUUCUUCUGAGUAAAGUGGAUCUUUUGAGAGCAAACUGUGAAUUGGGUUGCUUGAGUCUGGACUGCCUUGGACGUGUUGUUCAUGAAUGUUUUGGGAUGAUAUUGAGACCAAAUUACAAAUCCGCGAUUGCAGACUUUAGACGAAGUUAUUUAGCAUUAUUGAAAUCAGUGACCCCAAAAAUUCAAGCUAUAUUCUUUCACGUCGAGGAAUUUUGUGAUUCGACGGGAAAAGCAUUAGGUUUUUAUAGUGAACAAGCUAUUGAAUCUGUGCAUCAUGACUUCAAUGAGACAUGA